AUGAAUAGACCGCGUCGACACUCUGGCGCGAGCGAGGAGAGCUCCGGUACAGCUCGCGAGCAGGUAGGCGACAGGAACACAGCUCUUAUCAGAGCAGAGCGACUGACUGUUGGCGAUAAAGGAGCUAGGGAGCAUCUUUGGGAUACGGCUGGAACAGAACGGUUUCGAUCAGUCUCUCGCUCCUAUUAUCGAGGCGCCGCGGGCGCUAUUCUCGUCUACGACCUGACCUCUCACGCAUCCUUCCGAAACCUACAACCUUUCCUCAACGACGCCCGAGCCCUUGCAUCGCCGAACCUUAGUCUUAUGCUCGUGGGCAAUAAAGUGGACCUUACAGAUACACUCGUCGAUACAAGCCUUCCGCCCCCGACACCGAAUAGCGUUCACUCGAAUUCAACUCUAACAUCUGGUAUGCUCGGCGCCGGAGGUAGCUCUUACACAAGUACAGCCACAACUCGAGAUCGAGGAACAUCCAUAAGUACAGGAAGUCAACUAAGGGCGACUGUGGCGCCAGAGGGCAGAGAAGUCACAAGAGCCGAGUCCAGUCGAUGGGCCAGCACGGCAGGAAUAUCAGUAGUAACCGAGGCGAGCGCAUUCAACGGCGAAGGCGUCGACGAGAUCUUCGAAAGACUAGCAAGGAUAAUUCUCACAAAGAUCGAGCUUGGCGAAAUCGAUCCCGAUGACCCUGCAAGCGGAAUUCAGUACGGCGACAGCGGUGGAUGGAACACAGCUAGUGACGGCGGCAGUAUUAAGAGUUCCAUGACAGGUGCCACCGUGGACGACGUUCACAACGGACUCAGGCGAAGGCGGAAGAAGAACAGAACACAGAACUGGGGACUACGAGAGUGGGAAGAAGUGUUUACACUCAGCAGUCGACGAAGAGGAGGCGGCUGUUGUUGA